UUUACUAAAAUUUGAUAACAAAAUUGUAUCACUCUUUUCAUAUUUUUUCAAUAAGCAAGCAUUCGUUAUAAGUCAUUACGCCUGUUAUUGUGUUAGUUUUCAAUGACCUAGUAAACUUCAAGAGGAUUAAAGAAUUAUUUAGUAUAGAUUCUAGAGCUUAUGGACUAUCAAUUAUGUUAAAGAUAUAUUCAUAGUAUUAAUAAAAUUGUGAUACUAUAGUUACCAAUAAUUAAUUUAAUAAUUUUGUUACAUAAUAUUUAACUGUUAUUGAAAGUAUAAAAAUGUAAUUUAAUUUUUAUCUAUUUGUUAAGUAGUAUUAUUUAAUGUGAAAUUCAACUAUAAAAAUCUUUAUGUAUUAAAAUGAUAUUGUUAGAAAUUUUCUGUCAUCAGUAUUUUUAACUUGAAAUUCAGUACUUAAAAUGAUCAUUAUAUAAUUUAUUAAAAAUUUUAAGAAUUAAUUAUUAUAAGUGUUAUUAUUAAGGAUUAUUAUCUUUCAUUGCAAAUCUUUUAAAACUUUUAAUAAUGCAUAAAAUACUAAGAAAAAAAAUUCCAAUAUAUUCCAGAUUUUUUUCAGUGUCUAGUGUUUCUAAAUGUUUAAAUUUGGAUUCUAAAAUUUUCAUAUCUAAAGAACAAUCUGUAGAUUAUGUUAAAUCUUUUGUCUCCAUGUGUCCAGAAGGGAAAAUUGAAAAUAAACGUCAAGCGGCUGUUCUUAUACCUUUAUGUUAUGUGAAUAAUGAGUUAUCUUUACUAUAUACAUUAAGAACAAAUAAUUUGAAGAGAAAUAGUGGACAAGUAUCAUUCCCUGGUGGAAUGAAAGAAGAUAAUGAAGAUCUUCGAUUAACUGCCUUAAGAGAAACAUGUGAAGAGCUUGGAAUUAAUGAUAACAAUGUAGAAAUAUGGGGUCAUGGCAAAUUUCUUUUAUCACGAGAUAUAGCAAUAAUGCCAUUCUUAGGAAAUCUAGGUAAUAUAAAUCCUAAAAAGCUAAAUGUUAGUCAUAAAGAAGUUCAAUAUGCUUUUUCUCUACCCUUAAAACACUUUUGUGAACCUUCAAAUUGUAAAUAUACUUGUUUUAAACAAAAAUACAAUAGAUUAAUAGUUCUACCAGUUUACCUCAAUGAAUAUAAACGAAUUUGGGGUAUGACUGGAUACAUGACUUGGUUAGCGUUGUGUUCAAUCUUACCAAACAAAUUUAAGCAUAGACUAUUAACACCAAUAACUGUUAAUUAAUAUUUUUGUAAUUUUAUUAAAUAUCUAUGAAUAUAUUGAUUAAAUAUUUGCAAC